GUGAAUGGAGUGAACGAUAGCAUAGCAUAGGGUAGAAGUGUGUGAAUGCGAGCGUACAGUGGGAUCACUGGUUGUGUUGAGUGUUGUGUCAAAAGGAGUUUUGUUUUGAUUUGAAUUGAGGCUUACGUUGCAUUCACUGUCCAACACAUCCAGACACAUCCAGUCCAUCGCUAACCAUUCAUUGCAUCCAUUGUCUCACACAUCCGAAAUAAAUCGCGCAUGAUGGCUAACCAAGGUGGUUUCCCGACCUCUCACACCACUUCAACCACGACCAAAGUUACGCCUUUAAUAUGGUUUGACAAGUCUUAUGUCCAAACAGUUCCCGGACUCCUGAAGGCCUCCGCUAUUGGAAUAGAUCUGAUAGCCUUCAUAAUCGGUCAGUUCGGUGACACCCACUCCGGAAGAGUCGGGUUCUUCAGUUUCACAUCAAUGAUGGCCUUCUGGUUAUCUCUCAUACUUCUGGCCCUCUAUUGCUUCCAUGUGGUCGAGAAACUCCACUUCUGGCCCUGGCUUUUGGUGGAAUUCGCUUAUUGUCUCGUUUGGACGGCUUUCUACUUCUUGUCAUCACUU